AUGACAUCUCAUGAGCGAGAGCUACUGACCGAGCUUAUGGGCGAACGUGAAAUUUAUCCCGACGACUCACUUCACCUACCAAAGGAUGCGCCUAUGAAAAGGAACACGUCCUGUGCCGUCCAUCAUCACCCAUCAAUAGAAAUGCCGAAAUCUGCACCAAAACAUGUCCCUAACUGCUGGAAAGUCGAGAAUUUCGACUCUCUUGCCGAAUCCUUCCGCAUCGUGGCGACUGAUAUAGUAGCUCAGCCUGAUUCCAAGUGUAUCAUGGUCUCAUGUGGUGCGAGUGAGGAACUAGUCGUUAAGGAACAGAAGAUAUAG